AUGAGGACCGUUCAUUCUUACACACCUCCACAACAACAGCAACCAGAACGACAAGAACAACAACAACAGCAAAAUCAACAAUCAACAUCGUCAUCAAUAUCAGCAUCUUCUUCCUUAUCAACUAAUCAAUCAAAUUUGCACCAACAUUCUACUACAAGUGGUUAUCCAAGUGUACGUCAUAGUCUUUUUCGUAUGCACAGCCAACUGAGAUCGGCACCUAAUGGAAGAGAAUCGACAUCAGGUCCAAUCGAUUUAAGUAUCUAUCGUAUUCCACGGCAAACACCUAAAAUGCAAGCACGAUUGACAACUACAUCAACAAGUGCACUUCGAACUGCUUCUACCUCUACAUCAUUGGCUACGCAACCUACCCAUACGAUUUACAGCAAUGCUAUUCCUUCUUCUUCUUCUUCUUCUUCGUCGUCGUCGUCGUCGUCUUCUACAUCAUCAAAAACAGCGACAUCCAAUAGUAUUCAAGACCAAAAUAUAAAAAUGCAAAACUCAUAUUCAAAUAGUGUUACAUCGAAAUGUUGUAAUACUAGUUCUAAUGCUACUUCGUCACCAAAAUUAGCCUAUUCAUAUUCGAAUAUCGAAGAAAAUCUUCAAUGUCCAUUAUGUAUUGAUCGUUUACGUGAUCCUCGUGCAUUACCAUGUCAACAUGUAUUUUGUUGUUCAUGUCUUAAAUCAAUUCCUUCAUCUAAUUUACCAUAUCCAACUAUAGCUUGUCCGUUAUGUCGUCGUACAUUUCCAUAUAAUGGUGCUGAUCAAUUUCCUAUAUCAUAUAUUCAUCGUCAACUACUUGAAUUAGUUCCAAAAAAUUACGAUAUUAGUGGUAAAUGUACAAAAUGUCAAGAAAAAACUUCGUUAAUAUUAUGUUCAUGUUGUGAUUAUCUUCUAUGUCAAAAAUGUUUUGUGAAUGAUCGAGAAAAAGUUAUUGAUAAUAUUCAACAUAUUGUUCAAACCUGUUAUUAUCGUCUAAAUCGUAUUCAUUCAACUCGCGACCAAUUGACUGAAUUAAAUGAAAUAAAUCGGAAAAAAAUUCAACAAAUUGAAACAAUAUUUUCAAAUUUUGAAAAAGCAUUUUUUGAACACAAACAGUCCAUAUUGAGCUCCUUGAAUAAAUAUAAUGAACAAAUAAAAAACCAUUUUUGGUCGAAAUUAAAUAUAUCAACACGUAAUACAACCGAACCAUUUAUUGAUCUAUUAAAACAAGCUGAACUAUUCAUACAAAAAUCUCAUACGAUACAAUUUGACGACAUUCUAUCGUUAUUUUAUAAUUUAAAUUCAAUUAAUGAACAACUUGAACAUGCUAGCACAUUGAUUGAUACAUAUGAUAUACAAAAUUUAUUAAAACAAUCUAUACAAAUUAAUAAUAAUAAUAACAACAAUCAGUUAGAUGAACAAAUAUCUGUAAAUUUAAAUCAAAUAGAUAAUACAGAAAAAGUAAUUCCAUUAUUACCAUCAACAAUUCUACCUCGGGCAACAAAACGAUUACGGAAAACGGAACCUAAGAGACAUGUGGAACAAAUAAUCGACGAUGAAGAGUAUGAUGAUGAUUUACCAAUACUAAAACAAAUGAAAGUUGAAUAUCAUAACGAUGCGAAUUUUGAUAAUUCAUCGUCAUCGACAAAUUCUGUACUGUGUUUAAAUUAUUCGAAUAAUGAACAUCAACAAAAUGAACACAAUGAUGAUAAUGAUGACGAAGAUGAUAUUAUAUAUAUUGAAACAGUUCAAGCGAAAUCACCAGCAACAAUUAGUUUUGAAGAAUUGUUUCAAAUGAUUGGUACAGAUGAAUAA